AUGGAUCGCCUCUUGUUUCUUUCUCCAACGUUGAAGCAUCAGCUUGGGAACACUAACACGGGUAUUGUUCCUCAUUAACAACGAUUGGGUAAUGUGUUUUUUCUACUGUUAAUACAGACAAAUACCUCCACACUCUUCUAGAGGGGAGAUUGCUCUAACAAUAGUCCCUUUAUUGCCACACCUCCCAUAGCGUCUCUGGAAGAAGAGCAAGAAAGAACCCCAGUGAGAAAACAAAUGAGGAAGCACAAUCAAAGAUAUGGAAUGGCUUCUGCCAAGAAACAAGCCUAAUUGAUUUCCUCUUCGUCUUUGUCCCUGCUGUGCACUUUUUUCUAACAUGAAAAGAGAGAAGGAGACGGGGAAAGAGUGGAGGAGAGGAAGAGAGGCCACGAGAGGUCAUCCUCUGGGACGUGGAGCCAACCAGGGAGGGGUUAUUAUGCAGGCGCUCUGUGUAUUGCGGAAAUCCAUCUCCUCAGACUGAGAUUCAUCAGGGGGAACACCUGCACUGCUCUCAACUGUAUCAUGUUCUCCCUGCACGCCUGCCUCGCUGUCCCUCUGAACGCAGCAACAUCUGGAGAAGCAAACAGAUUCAAAGUGAACAUCUGCAGCAGCAAACAGUGA